UCUCCCUCUCUUUCUCUCUCUCUCUCUCUCUCUUGUCUCAAAAGUCAUGUAUAAAUACAAAGGGUUUCUCCUCCUUCAAACCAAAGCUUUCAUCAAAAUCUCUCCUCGUAACAAUAAUUUAAAAAAAAAAGAAAGAAAGAAAGAAAGAAAGAAAGAAAGGAAAAACCUUAAUUCUUCCAAAAAAGAAGAAAAGAAAAACCUUAGUUUUUCCAAAAACAAAAUUGAAGAAACAUGCCUUGUCCCACAUCAAUUAGAACCAAAAAAACCAAAGCUGUUGGAAUUCCCACCAUAGAUCUCUCCCAAAGCAGAGCAAUCACUUCCAAAUCCAUUGUUGAAGCUUGCCAAGAGUUUGGCUUCUUCAAGCUAAUCAACCAUGGAGUUCCCCAUCAUGCCAUUGCUCAACUUGAAUCCCAAGGCUUUGAUUUCUUUCAAAAACCCUCCUCCGAAAAGCACCGCGCCGGUCCUCCCAACCCCUUCGGUUACGGCUGCAAGUCCAUCGGCUCCAACGGCGACAUGGGCGACCUCGAAUACCUUCUUCUUCCCUCCCACAACCCAGCUACUUCCAUUCUCCAAAGCUCCAUCUCCAACGACCCUCUUACUUUCAGCCAUGUUGUGAAUGAAUAUGUUAAAAGUGUGAGAGACUUAGGAUGCGAGAUUCUUGACCUAAUUGGUGAAGGUUUAUGGUUACCAAACAAAUCUGUGUUUAGUAAUCUCAUUAGAGACAUCCAUAGUGAUUCAGUUUUGAGGAUCAAUUACUACCCUGGAGUCCAACACAUUGAAAAUCGGGAACUUUCAACAAAAUCUCACCCUUCAAAUGACCGAAUUGGAUUUGGAGAGCAUUCUGACCCUCAGAUCUUGACCAUCUUGAGAGCCAAUGAUGUCGAUGGCCUUCAAAUCUCUCUGCAAGACAGUAUCUGGGUACCUGUUUGUCCCGACCCGUCUGCAUUUUACGUGUUGAUUGGCGACGUUUUUCAGGCAAUGACAAAUGGGAGAUUUGUAAGUGUGAGACAUAGAGCAAUGGCAAACAACUCCAAGAAUCCAAGAAUGUCAAUCAUGUACUUUGGGGCACCAUCAUUGAAUACUUGGAUUGCACCUCUAUCAGAAAUGAUGCUUCCAAAUGACAAAUCUCUAUACAAACCUUUCACUUGGGCUCAAUACAAAAAAGCUGCCUAUUCUCUUAGAUUAGCAGACUCACGUCUUGAUCUCUUUAAGGCUUCCUAAUACUCGUAAUUACUUAUAACUCAAUCACCACUUACCAUAGCACAUAUUCUUGUACAUAAUUUAUGCAUUUGAGUUAUUGUAACUUGCUUUUGUAUAGUGGAAAUGGAAAUCUUAUAUUGGUUGGAAAAA